GCAUUCUGUAAGCACUUGUUAAAAUAAAAGACAGUAUGGUGAAAAAGUCUUUAAUUAUAUGUGCUGCUUUUGUGGCAAUAAGCUGUGUAUAUUCAUUCCCACAACCGAAUUCUCCUGAGAAUAUCAAUCGCUUAAAUAAUCUUGGUGCGAAUGACUUGGCAGAAGAGCUUAGUGGACAAUUUGAAGGUGACAUGGUGUUGUCACCCGAAGAAAUUGAUGAACUUCUUAGUGAACGAGGUGGAAGAACUGGAUUAAUUGAUGAAAGGUUUAGAUGGACCGACAACAUUGUACCUUAUUAUGUCAACAGAAGUCACUUCACUACUGUACAAUACAAUUACAUUACUCUCGGCGUGCAAAAAAUAAUGGAUGCUACUUGUAUCAAGUUAGUUCCUUAUGAUGUAAAUGUUCACACAAACUACGUCUACAUUACUGGUGAAAACAGCGGAUGUUGGUCAUUUGUCGGUAUGCGUGGAAAUCGACAGCAAUUGAAUUUACAACCAUUUGAUCCUGAAGUCGGUUGUUUCCGUCUUUAUACAAUUGUACACGAAUUUAUUCAUGCUCUCGGAUUCUAUCACAUGCAAAGUGCAACGGAACGUGAUCAUUAUGUAAGAAUUAUUUGGGAAAAUAUUCAAUCUGGAACAGAAGGCAACUUCAAUAAAUACGAAGCAGACAGAAUAAGUCAAUACGGAGUUGAAUAUGAUUAUGGCUCUGUCAUGCACUAUUCAGCAACGGCAUUUUCGAUUAAUGGUGAGGAUACGAUUGUCCCAACAAGAGAUUUACAAGGAGAGACAAUGGGACAACGUCUUCGUAUGAGUGAUAAGGAUAUUGCAAGGCUUAAUAACAAAUAUUGUCCUGCUUCUCGUGAAAGAAUAACGGUUUCUCAAUUGUUUAAGCGUAUAAACAAAGCAAUGAAUAAUUUGUUUUCCACAAUUUUUAAUUAAUUGAAGGAGAUAUUCAAAAAUCCAGUCGUGCAGAAUUUUUAAAAUAAAAAUCAUUAAUAAUUCAAGUA